CUCACUGGCGUUGAGCGUUCCCGCCAUGGCUCGCACGAAGCAGACGGCGCGCAAGUCGACCGGCGGCAAGGCCCCGCGCAAGCAGCUGGCCACCAAGGCGGCCCGCAAGAGCGCGCCGGCCACCGGCGGCGUCAAGAAGCCGCACCGCUACCGGCCCGGCACGGUGGCCCUGCGCGAGAUCCGGCGCUACCAGAAGUCCACCGAGCUGCUGAUCCGCAAGCUGCCGUUCCAGCGGCUGGUGCGCGAGAUCGCGCAGGACUUCAAGACCGACCUGCGCUUCCAGAGCUCGGCCGUGAUGGCGCUGCAGGAGGCGUGCGAGGCCUACCUGGUGGGGCUCUUCGAGGACACCAACCUGUGCGCCAUCCACGCCAAGCGCGUCACCAUCAUGCCCAAGGACAUCCAGCUGGCGCGCCGCAUCCGCGGGGAGAGGGCCUGAACCACAAGGUCUGCCCACUCUUCACCAAAGGCUCUUUUCAGAGCCACCACACGCUCUCUGAAAAGACCUGUUCCCUUGUGAUUUAUAAGUAUCUACUAAGAUUCCUUAUAAGUGCGUUUCCCCCGCCGUCUUGACAGGCUUGUGCUUCCACCUUGCGCUUUUCCUGCUUCAUCUGUUCCCGCCUGGUGUACUUUACCCUUCAUCUCACGCAGAGGGCGGGAAACAAUAGCUUCGCUUAAGUAUACAGAAGAACUACCCGCAAAUUGUAUCCUUCUCUCUAGACUUUGUGAAGCGGGUAGAAAGAAAUUAGAAAUUGCACGGGAAGAUACACAACCGCUGUUAACCCAUCGGCCGUGGUCAUCUUAUUUCCCUCUUGUAAGUGAUUUCAUGGUAGGUAGAGCCUGUGAUUUCCACAGCUGGAUUUUAGGAUGAUGCCAAUAUUUUACCAAUUAAAAAUGUUCUAAUACCUUGCAGCAAAAGUAA